CACAUUUGACGCAUACGUCACGUUUGCAAACAUAGGUAUAACCUCGAUAUACCUGCGUACCGAUUACUCACACAGUCUGUCUCAAAAUGGCUGCUUCGUGGCUCCUCUACACCUACCUAGCUUUUUCAGGCUUCGUUGUUGUUCUCAGCACUUGCCCAGUAGGAUGGAUAGAGUUUGAUCAGGAAUGUUUCUUGUUCGGGUCACACAAGAAAACGUGGAAUGAUGCAGAGUUAGAUUGUAGGAAACACAGCAGCUAUCUGACUACAGACGAUAAUCAAGAAAAACACGACUUCUUUCAUAAAUUUCUCAACAUUUUCCACUCAUGGAGGUUGGGCCACUUCUGGCUAGGAGGGGCUGACCAGGUUAUAGAAAAUCAAUGGCGCUGGUUAGAGACGGGUACAGCAAUAGGGUCCACUACCUACUGGGACCAAGGUCAACCGGACGGCAAUUCCUCCGCUAACUGCAUGUCGUUCUACAUGAACGCUGACAACGACCUUGUAUGGAGAGACGACCGAUGUUCGGGCCAUUACAACUACAUCUGCGAGCAACCCGCCACUAGUAAUACAUCGUCGCCGGUAAUAGGAUAAAGGGGAACAUUACAGCAAUCAGAAACGGAGAAAAAUGUUACAACAUUUUAAUAAAUUAACAUGUCAUUCGUA